AUGGUUUGUGUUUUCAAAAGGCUAUUUUCGAUGACUAGAGCAGUACAAUUGUCAUAUAUUGAUGGGUUCAAGCCAUUGGUGGCUAAGACUGGACUUGCAGGGGCUAUUGGUAAUACUCCAUUGAUUAAGCUUAAUAAGUUAAGUGAAGAGACUGGCAGAAAUAUUUGGGGGAAAGCAGAGUGGAUGAAUCCCGGUGGAUCCAUUAAGGAUAGAGCAGCUUUAUGGCUCAUAGAGAGUGCGGAAAAGAGAGGUAUGAUCAAGCCUGGAGGAACCAUUGUGGAAGGUACCGCUGGUAACACCGGUAUUGGAUUGGCACAUGUUUGUCGUGCAAAGGGUUACAAAUGCGUGAUUUUCAUGAACAACACCCAGGCACCAGGCAAAAUGCAGACGUUGAAGUUGUUAGGUGCAGAGGUGCAUGCGGUUGCUCCUGCUCCGUUUAGCAAGCCUGAGAACUUCAACCAUUUAGCCAAGAAGUUUGCUGAUGAGACGGAAAAUGCCUAUUACACUGAUCAAUUCGAAAACUUGGACAACAGACAGUCUCAUAUUGAGUCUACGGGACCGGAAAUCUAUGAACAGUUGGAUGGUAAAGUUGCUGCCUUCACUUGCUCCCUUGGUUCUGGUGGUACUUGGUCUGGUGUCACUCAUUAUCUAAAGUCCAAGGAUCCUAAGAUGAAAUCGUAUGUUGCCGAACCUCCAGGGUCUUGUGUUUAUGUCUACGUUAAAUCUGGUGGUAAGUCGAUUGAUGUUGAUGGUGGCUCCAUUACUGAGGGUAUCGGUCAGCGUCGUAUUACCGGUAACGUUGCUGCCGAUAUUAAGUACGCUGAAGAUGCCUUUUUGGUCCCCGAUGAGGAAACUAUCUCAAUGUUGUAUAGGCUCAUUGAUGAUGAGGGUAUCUACGUGGGAAGUACUGCCGCUUUAAAUGUUGUUGCCGCUGUCAGAGCUGCCGAGCAUGUUCCUGAGGGAUCCAAUGUCGUCACCAUCUUGACGGAUUCUGCUCACAAGUACUCUGAUAGAAUUUUCAGUAAGAAGUGGCUUCAAUCCAAAAACCUUUACGAUUGUAUUCCUGACCACUUGAAGAAGUAUGCUGCCCUGGUCUAA